AUGGCAGGCCGUUUCCGGGCUCGGAAGGCGGCGAUUCUGAAGCUGCUCGACGCUCCGGAUGAGGCGUAUCACGACCUAUCACCGAAAGGCUCGAUCGACGAGCCAAUUCGCUUCCUGAUCGAGGAAAUUAAUCGCCUCGAAGGCCUCGUCACCACUAGCAGCUGUUCUGGCAGGAUGAGCGUCUUCCUCGAAGGGCGCAAGCGGGGCCUCAACGGGGAAGAAACCGACAAAGCUUCCCCCGCAGGGCCUGGAGGCAAAGGAGGAGGAACGUGGCUUUAUAUUUCCCACGAUCCGGCCCCGGACCUUGAGGAUACUUCUAAAUCAAGUUUCGCAUCUCAGUUUGGGUUACUUGAGACCAACGGCGAUAGUGACGAGGUGCCUGCCCUCGAUUGCAGGUAUAUUCAUUUGAAAUUCGAGCCUAUGAUCCUGCAUCUGUUGACAGCAUCCUUGGACGACUCUCAGCGCGUCCUCACUGCAGCUUUGAGUGCAGGGUUUCGCGAGUCGGGCGCUGUCAGUCUGAAUCCCAGAGAUGGAGAGCUGAACCCUAUGGUAGCGGUGCGCUCGACCGGGUACUCAUUCGAUGCUAUCAUAGGGUAUCAGAAUGAAACAGGUGGAAACAUUGCACUCGUCGAUGAAAGAUAUCUCCGAACAUUGGUCGGCAUAACGAAUGAGAGAUUCAGGAUCAAUAACGACCGGAUAGCGCGAUUUCGGACCUCGCUGUUUGAACAAUACGAGCCACAAUCCUUGUCCGCGCAAGCCAUCUCCAAGCCAGGGUGGGAGGAUUCCGAGACCAGGAAACGUCGCAAAAGAGAGGAAGGCCUUGCACGACAGCGUGCACUCCAGGCAGCUAAUGGCACCUCAACAUCCCACAGUGAUCCCGACUCAUGCGAAGCCGAUCAAAUGGUUCCAAUGCUUGAGUGA